GUCAGAGCAAGAAAGUUCAAGAGACGGGCCAACGUCCAUCUCCUCCAAAUGGUUUCUUGAUUUAUUCUGUGGUUGUAGGUAUUGGCAGGCCUGAGCAAGAGGGAGCUGGUUUUCCAUCUCACCACCUAAUAAAAACAUGUGACACUAAGAAUGAAGACUCGAAAUACCACUGGAGUCCACUGGGGAGGGACACCAAUUACAGAAGACACGAAUGAAUAGAAGGAAUGAGCCAUACAGAUAUCCAGGAGAAUAUUUACAUGAUGGAAACAGCAAGUGCAAGUACCCUGAGCUCCCAAGAUACCUGGGCAAUUUGGCACUUCCCAUGAGUACUGACGUCCAUUCCAUUGUCCAGUGAGCUCUAUCUCACCUGCUAUAAGAUUCUAGAAGCAAGAGAAACCAAAGAGAAUAUUAAAAAAUGGGACUACAUCAAACUGAAAAAUUUCUGCACAGCAAGAGAAAUGAACAUUGCCGUAAAACUCCUAGACAAAGGGGGGAAAGAUGGACAUUCAGGGAUGUCCUUCAAGAGAUAAAUCAGCUUGGCCGGAUGUCAGACCUUGUUAAAAUGUAACCUCGUUUAGGGCUUUUUCAGAGAAUUAUGUACACCGUGAAUUUCCAUGAGGAAAUUGCAGCAUUUCCCAACUUUGACAGUGGGUAUCUUUCAUCAUGAAGCAUCUCAGAACUAGUGCAUUGAGGACCUUUCUUAAAGGUUCUCAACCUCACCUCUUCGUGCUUCCUGUAACAUCUAAAUAAUCUCCAUGAACACUGGCAUUCUCCAUGAAGAAGAGACAGCGUUGAGUAGUGAGCAUCAAUUUCCGGCAUCUCUCAACUCAGCUACCAGCUUUGGCUACUUGCCCAUGACACUGUCUGCCUAUUGGUCUCCAGCACUGGCACUCAAACUUUUAGUUCCACUUGAUUCCAGAAGCUGUAAUGGAGAAAUACAUAGAAUCACCACCUGCUGGCAGGUAGUGCAUCUCUCCCUUCAGGCAGAGAAUCUGACUCUGCCAUGGCAAGCACAGCAUCUGACAGAAGAGAACCCCGUUCUGAGGGGGAAAGUCAUGCCUGGUCCCUUCUCACUUGAGCAUCUCUCCCUGUUUCAUAGUGUCUCUGUCAGUCUCUCAGAUUUUCUUGCUCAGGUGACUACUUGGGUAUCAUCUGCAGGAUUGGAAAUCAUGGGAGUUGUCAAAUAGGUAAAGUUAUUUUCUGACUGCCUAUCUCAGCAGAUGGAGUGUGGUGUCAUAUCCAGACCUGGCCAGAGUACUGUGCUGAAGCAAUAUAAAAACAUUGUUCUUGAAUUCCACCCAUCAUUCAGUGAACAUAAACAGAAAAUAAAGCCUUUGGUGAAUACUAAGGUUGACAAAGGAGACAAUACCCAGCAGGAUGCUAUUACUUUGCAAUUCCAUGCUCAAAAUCUGAGUUGCAGUGAAAUCAGUCAGUGUGACUACUUCCAAGAGGGAUUAGUUGAGCCCAUCCAGGAUAAAGUGAGUGGAAAAGACAUGAUGGACAACCUCCCAGAUCCAUUCACUCAGUGUAUUCAGUUGGACAAAAAACAUAAUGACAGGCCAGAGCUCCUACAAGCAGAGGAACUGCUCUCAGUGUUGGCUUCCCAUAUCCACCAUCAAGUCCUCUGCAGCCCCACAGAUCCACCACCCAAAGAAGAUAUUAUACAAUUGAGGGGAAGCCAAUCCCCUCUCACUCCAGCCAAAUGAGCCCAUCAGCAAGAAGCUCACUUGUGCCUCUACUGCAGCCAGGCUGGUCACAUUAUAAGAGAUUGCCUUGCCAAACAUUCUCGCGCCCUAGCAAGUAUAACCCAACUCACCAGCAAGAGGGACCAGGUUGUAAACAUACAUCCUUCUCACCUGCAGCCUUACUGAUUUAUAACCUACACUAAUGUUUAAAGUACAGGUAGGGAACUGUAUUACCACUUUACUGUCUGUUUAAAUUCCCAGAAGCACUAUGAGUUCAAUCAGAUCUUGUUCAUUUGGUAACCCAUCACCAAAGAUGAUAUAGUAAUGAUGAAACAAUUCACAGGUACUUUUGAGGAAUUGGUCCCAACUGCAGAGAGUACUAAAAGCCUACAGGCAAAACACUGUCUAGUUUGAACCCAUGAAAACAACCCUGGAAGUAUAUUGGUAACCCAAUUCCCACCAGUGGGUGAAAUCUGGGUUGAAUUUGUUGGCUCUAAGUCUUUCACCCUCCCCCUCAUUGAUCUGUAUCCUGGUUCUCUGUUGACUUGGGACCCUUAUCUGAAGUCCUAAUUGCAUUCCCAUAUUCUAUCAACAUUCUCCUAGUAGAGGCUGAAGCCCGGUCCACCUAAUUGACUAGUCAUUCAUUGAAACACAGGUCUGCACCCUGGCAUACAAUUAUACAUUUUGUUGCCAUUUAAAGUUUCCUGCUUGCCCAAUAAACUAUCACUUGACUAUUGACAAACCAAAUGGUAUGGCCUUCUGAGCACCCUACUUGAACUGUUG